AUGGAUUCUGUAAUAUGUUUGGAUCAUCUACCUUCUGUUUAUUAUCAUUUCGGAUUUGGAUUUGUUGCGUUAUGGAAUUUCAAAGAAAUAUCCGAGAUUUUCGCCCUCUUUUUGCUGAUUUCCUUCGGCUUCAAAUCCUUCUCUUCUCUCUGGUUUCCAAUUGAUAUUUCUAGGGUUGAUAGAUCAAAAAAGGUCAUUGAUCCGAAAUUGAAGCGAAAAUCAGAGGGGAAGCAUGCCUCUGUAUCGGAGAGAAGGCGAAAUUGCGAUUCGGAGGUGUCGGCAUUGAGGAAAUUGGUGAAGAUGGAGCGGCGGAGAGCGGAUGCAGCUCUGGCGGAGGUGGAGAGAGAGAGGGCGGCCUCUGCCACGGCGGCGGAGGAAGCGAUGGCGAUGAUUCAGCGGCUGCAGCGCGAGAAGAACUCGAUCGAGAUGGCAGCCAAUCAGCAGCGCCGAUUGUCGGAGGCGAAACACGUCCACGAUGAGGAGGUGAUUCAGUCGUUGGAGUCGCUGGUGUGGAGUUACGAGGCGGAGCUCGGCUUGCUGCGGCAGCAGCUCGGCGGCGGAGUGGAGGAAUCGCUUUUCUGUUUGUCACCUUAG